CCCCGCCCCGCCCCGCUCACAAGCCCCGCCCCGCACUUCCCCCUUCGGCGCUCCUCCCCCCGCGCCGCGCUCCAUACUUGGCGAUCGCCGCGGCCCUGCGCGCUCAUUGGCCGAGAGCCGGCUGCGUGGGGGCGGGCCCGGGCCCGGCCGGGGCGGGGAAGGAAGGUGGCUGCGGCCCGGCGCGGGGGGAGGGGGGCGCUGACCCGGAUGUUCACUCCUGGGCACCCGGGGAAGUGGAAGCGCCGGGCCCUGCUGCGGGGGGGAGAGCCACAGACGCCGGGACCGGGACCGCCGCCGCCGCCACCAUGAGUGACCAGCAGCUGGACUGUGCCUUGGACUUGAUGAGGCGCCUGCCUCCACAGCAAAUCGAGAAGAACCUCAGCGACCUGAUCGACCUGGUCCCCAGUCUGUGCGAAGAUCUCCUGUCUUCUGUUGACCAGCCCCUGAAAAUCGCCAGAGACAAGGUGGUGGGAAAGGAUUACCUUUUGUGUGACUACAACAGAGAUGGGGACUCCUACAGGUCACCGUGGAGUAACAAGUACGACCCUCCUUUGGAAGACGGGGCCAUGCCUUCCGCUCGGCUGAGGAAGCUGGAGGUGGAAGCCAACAACGCCUUCGACCAGUACCGAGACCUGUAUUUUGAAGGCGGCGUCUCAUCUGUCUACCUCUGGGAUCUGGAUCACGGCUUUGCUGGAGUGAUUCUCAUAAAGAAGGCUGGAGACGGAUCCAAGAAGAUCAAGGGCUGCUGGGAUUCCAUCCACGUGGUAGAAGUGCAGGAGAAAUCCAGCGGUCGCACCGCCCAUUACAAGCUGACCUCCACCGUGAUGCUCUGGCUGCAGACCAACAAAUCCGGCUCCGGCACCAUGAACCUCGGAGGCAGCCUUACCAGACAGAUGGAGAAAGAUGAGACCGUGAGCGACUGCUCCCCGCACAUAGCCAAUAUCGGACGCCUGGUAGAGGAUAUGGAAAAUAAAAUCAGAAGUACGCUGAAUGAGAUUUACUUUGGAAAAACAAAGGACAUCGUCAAUGGGCUGAGAUCUGUUGACGUAAUCCCCGACCACCCCAAGUUUCAGCAGCUGCAGAGGGAGCUUUCCCAAGUGCUGACCCAGCGCCAGAUCCACAUCCAGCCUGAUAACUAAGCCGUCACAGGUCUGUGCAGACUUUCGCAGACAAAUCAAAGCAAGAAGCUCUUAAGAACGACCUGGUGGAGGCCUUGAAGAGAAAGCAGCAGUGUUAGAGCUCGGCUCCGGGCUACCAGGACGCGCCACACGCUCGUUAGUUUCCUUUCUUAGAGAACUCGUCUUCUGCUCCCUUCCUCGCCCCGCGCCUCCCCACCAGGUCAUGUAACACCGGCUUCACCGACCGCACGGCGCCGUCUCCCCCCGAGAAUAAAGCCCAGUCAACACCC